AUGUUAACAUGUAUCAGACGCGAUGCGCAGGCCAUCAAAGGUCGUGAGCUUGGUGUCUUGUUCCAGAACUUACGGGUAGUGGGCACCGGUUCAUCAGCCUCAUAUCAACCCACAAUGGGCUCAAUCUUCAAUCCAGUGGAGAUAUUCAAGAGUAUUUCGAAUAUGCGCCACCCGCCCACUCGCGAUAUCCUCUCGGGUUUUGAGGGCGUUGUUGCACCAGGAGAAAUGCUACUCGUCCUCGGACGCCCAGGCUCGGGGUGCAGUACCCUUCUGAAAACGCUCGCAAACCAGCGGGGAGAGUACCAUGCCGUAACCGGUGAAGUCUGUUACGACGCUUUCACCCCCGAUGACAUCAGCGCUCGCUACCGAGGCGAUGUGAUUUACUGCCCGGAGGACGACGUACACUUCCCCACACUCACCGUUGAGCAGACGCUCACCUUUGCCGUCAAAACUCGCACCCCACAGGUGCGCAUUGGGGAUCAGACGCGUAAGACUUUCGGAGAAGAAGUGUCUAGUGUGCUUACGAAGAUUUUUGGCUUGGGACAUACAAAGAAUACCUUUGUAGGCGAUGCGAGCGUAAGAGGUGUAUCGGGUGGCGAGAAGAAGCGUGUUUCAAUUGCAGAGGCGAUGGCGUGUAGGAGUCUCAUAGGCGCUUGGGAUAAUUCCACCCGUGGCCUCGAUUCUUCCACCGCCAUGGAGUUCGGCCGCGCCUUGCGCACAGCGACGGAUAUUGCACGUGCAACUACCAUUGUAUCCAUCUACCAGGCUGGAGAGUCGCUCUACGAAUUAUUCGACAAGGUCUGUGUCAUUUCAGAGGGCAAGAUGGUGUACUUUGGUCCUGCCAACCAGGCGCGUGAGUACUUCAUCGGGAUGGGGUAUGAGCCGCAGAACAGGCAAACUACCGCAGAUUUCCUCGUUUCAGUCACCGAUCCUAUUGGUCGCAGAGUUGCCUUAGGCUUCGAGUCCCGUGUCCCUCGCACACCCACUGAGAUGGCCGCCCACUUCGUCAACUCGCGUCUUGGCCGCGAAAAUAAGGAUGCGAUUGAGGAUUACCGGCACACGCACGUCGACAAGAACCGCAAAGCAGACUAUGAACUCAGUGCGUUGCAGGAGCAUUCUCGACACACGCCGAAGGAUAGUCCAUAUACAAUUUCGAUCCCCAUGCAAGUCCGCGCUGUGAUGCUUCGAAGAGUCCAGAUUUUGAGGGGCGAUAUUACCACGCAGGUGGUCCAGCUGCUUGCGCAGGUUUUCCAGGCUACUAUCAUGGGUACAGUGUUCUUGCAGCUUAAUGAUGCAACGUCUGCAUACUUCUCUAGAGGCGGUAUUCUCUUCUUUGCUCUACUUUUCGGUGCCCUCUCCUCCAUGGCUGAAAUCCCUGCCCUGUACGCCCAACGGCCGAUUGUACUGCGCCACCAGAAGGCAGCAAUGUACCAUCCAUUCGUCGAGAGUCUUGCGCGUACGAUCGUAGACAUUCCAAUGACUUUUAUAAUCCAAGUCGUGUUUUCAGUCCUGCUCUACUUCCUAGUGGGUUUGCAGAGGACGGCAUCGCAGUUCUUCAUUUUCUUUCUUGUCACGUUUACAAUGACGAUCACUAUGAAGUCGUUUUUCCGUAUGAUAGCUGCGAGCUUCAAGACAGAGUCGGGCGCAAUCGCGUUGGCUGGGGUGCUGGUUCUCGUCCUGACGCUCUACACUGGCUACACGAUUCCGAGAGACAGCAUUGUGGCCGCGCUGAGGUGGCUGACAUAUUUGAACCCCCUCCGAUUUGGCUUUGAAUCGAUCAUGGUCAACGAAUUUCAUACUCUAAACGGCACCUGCUCCACCCUCGUCCCACAAGGAGCAGGAUACGAAGGUGUCCAACUGGUAAACCAAGUCUGCACCACUGUAGGCUCCCUGGCCGGAGUCCCGACUGUCGACGGAAACACGUUCGUAGCUGAUUCAUACGGCUACUACUUCAGCAAUUUGUGGCGGAACUACGGUAUUAUCUGUGCUUUUGGAAUCGGCUUCAUCGCAAUCCUCCUGAUCAUGACAGAGAUCAACACCGGAUCCGCAUUCGAUACCACCGUCACGCUAUUUAAGCGCGGUUCGUCAGUCGCUUUGACCGAGCAGGCUAGUGCGAACAAUGAUGAAGAAAAAGUUGCACCCGCCGCUCCCCUCGCCGACAAUUCCCGCAUGACACGCCCAGUCACACGAGCAGUAGACGCGGAGAAAUUUUCUCCAACACCUGACACCUUCUCGUGGCAGCAUCUGAAUUAUGUUGUACCUCUUUCUGGGGGGGAACGUAAGUUAUUAGAUGAUGUGGCAGGCUAUGUCGCGCCUGGGAAGCUGACGGCGCUUAUGGGUGAAUCGGGUGCUGGCAAGACUACCCUGUUAAAUGUCCUCGCUCAGCGUGUUGGUACUGGUGUCGUCACUGGCGAUCGUCUGGUCAAUGGCCAGACUGUUCCUGCUGAUUUCCAAGCUCAAACUGGUUACGUGCAGCAGAUGGACACACAUCUGCCACAGACGACAGUCCGUGAGGCCCUCAUGUUCUCAGCUACCCUUCGUCAACCGCAAUCGGUGCCUGUGGCCGAGAAAGAGGCUUACGUGGAAACAUGUCUCGAGAUGUGUGGCUUGGAAGCACAUGCUGAUGCGAUAGUGGGGUCUUUAAGCGUCGAACAUCGUAAACGCACGACGAUUGGGGUAGAACUUGCUGCCAAGCCGAAACUCCUGUUAUUCCUGGAUGAGCCUACGUCUGGACUUGACUCGCAAUCUGCGUGGGCAAUUCUAAAAUUCCUACGCGACCUAGCUGACAGAGGACAAGCCAUCCUCUGCACCAUCCAUCAGCCGUCCGCAGAGCUCUUCCAGGUCUUCGACAGACUCCUUCUCCUCCGCAAAGGUGGUCAGGUUGUAUACUUCGGUGAUAUUGGUGAAUCAUCCGGUACAUUGAUCGAGUACUUUGAACGGAAUGGUGCUGAACAUUGUGGACCUGAUGAUAACCCAGCUGAGUACAUGUUGGACGUCAUUGGUGCCGGAGCCUCUGCAACUAGCUCGAUCGACUGGCACGGUGUCUGGAAGCAAUCCCCAGAAUAUCUCAACCUGCAAGAUGAACUCGAGCGUAUCAACUCGGAGGGACGUCUCCGUCCCGUUGAGCAGGGUGGCCGUCAAUCGGAGUUCAUUACCUCUUGGCUGCACCAGUUCUGGGCGCUAACCAAACGCGCGUUUUCAAGCUAUUGGCGCAACCCGGGAUACGUGAUGGCUAAGCUGGUGCUCAACGUCGCAGCAGGGCUCUUAAAUGGUUUCACGUUCUGGAAUUCAGCGAGCAGCGUGCAAGGGUCACAGAACAAGCUCUUCUCUAUCUUUAUGGCUACAAUUGUCAGUGUCCCACUGGCUCAACAGCUCCAAGCCGUGUUCAUCGAUGUACGGACGAUUUAUGAGGUGCGAGAAAGGCCUAGCCGGAUGUACAGCUGGACUGCACUGGUGAUGUCUCAAAUUCUCGUCGAGAUUCCCUGGAAUAUCCUUGGCUCGUCACUCUUCUUCUUCUGCUGGUACUGGACCGUAGGCUAUGAGACGGAUCGCGCGGGAUAUUCCUUCCUCAUGUACGCCGUCAUAUUCCCGGUGUACUACAUGUCGGUUGGCCAGGCGAUCGCCUCGAUGGCACCGAGUGCAAUUAUCGCGUCCUUGCUGUUCAGUACACUGUUCUCGUUUGUUAUCACCUUUAAUGGUGUUCUGCAACCGUUCUCGCAGCUUGGAUGGUGGCAGUGGAUGUACCGAGUGUCGCCGUUCACCUACCUCGUCGAGGGUCUCUUGGGCCAAGCCAUCGGAAACCAAGAGAUGUUCUGCACCUCCUCUGAGUUCGUCCCGCUGACGCCCCCAAGCGGACAAACGUGCGAGUCGUAUAUGCAGCCGUAUAUCAACCGCGUGGGCGGGUACCUCGAUGAUUCUUCUUCGUGUUUGUACUGCCCUUAUCAGAGCACCGAUGUGUGGUUGUCACAGAGCUUUAACAUCGAGUACUCCCAUCGAUGGAGGAACGUGGGUAUUUUGUGUGGUGUCAUCGUGUUUAAUAUCUUCGCCACCUUCGCUCUCACCUACCUCUUCCGCAUCCGCCAAGGCAACAUUUUCCGAUCGCUCAAGAGCAGACUCGGGCGAUCGCGAUCGUAGAUUUCGGAUUCCUUCGACAUGCGUCUACUCACAGACGAAUAGACGACCAGCCAUAAAAUCCAUACGCCCUAAUUAACCCACAACGAAAUUCAAGCAUACAUAUAUAAACGAUACAACGGAAUGUCCGAGUGACGAUGCGAUGCGACGGCAGACACGGCAGAUUUGCGUGCCCGUGGACGUUGAUGGACAUUCUCGCAUCGUCGAUUAAUUUAUGUUCCCCCCCCCAAGUUUUUUUCCCUUUCUCCUUCGCCUUUCUUAAUUUGUGUUUUUCUUUCGCAUUCUUGUACUAUAUUUACUUCUUAUACUAACGUUAACGCGGUUUCAUUAUACGCUACAACACCCACUGGCAUUACGUCCCCUCACGAUCGCUUUCACGGUACCAUAUCACAUCACAUCCUAGCAUAUUAUAGCAUAGCAUAGCGUCUCAAGCUCCUAGCUCCUAAUCACCCGGAACCCGCACCUCCCUCAUGCGUCGUCGAGUAUUAGCAGACGUACUGCUGAUACUCGUAGUGUACUAUAUUUGCAUUGGAUUAUAACCUAGUAUUUAAAAACGUGUUUCUGCAUAUGACUGGCUGUUCGCUCAGGCUGGUUGGGCAAUUAUUAUUAUUAUACAUGAUUGAUGAUCUUAACGCUUGCGCUGUCUGGAAGUCGAUCCUUGAGCUUGUCAAUGGAAAUC